ACCCGUUUUCUGAGGGGAAGUGUGUACCGUUGCAGCGCUCCCCCGUCCGCGCAGUCACAAGGUCCCUGUGUGCAGGAGCCGUCAGCAGUCACCUAGCUGUAUCAUGUCCUUGCUGCUGCUGGGCCUCCGCUCUGUGGCGGUCACGGGGCUCCGCUGUCCUCCGGUGCGGGGGAAGAAGCGCUGGCUGCGGCCAUAUCUCCGGUUCUUAGAGAAGAAGGCGGCGCUGGAGGGUGCUCCCAAACCGGUGCCAAGGUCACAGCAGCCGAACUUUGAUUACCAUGCAGAGAUAGUGGCAUUCUCCAAGCGCCUGAAUGAGACCUUCUCUGUUCAGCUCCUAAAGACUGCAUUUGUGAACCGUUCCUAUCUGGUGGAGGAGGAGAGAAAGCGGCGGGACCUGGGUUUGGACUAUGAAACUGCUGCUUUAAAUCUACAAGACAACCAGAAGCUUGCAGAAGAGGGGUCAGACUUUACAAUGUCCUAUCUCAGCAGUACUCUACAAAAGGCCUUUCCAAGUCUACCUGGAGCUGGUCAGAAGGCCUUGGUGAACUAUCUCGCCAGCCAGCAGGUUAUGUGUCAUGUAGCCCAAAAUCUUUCUGUAGAAGAUCUGACGUUGAGUUCAGAGUGCCCCUUAUCUCCUGACACCUUACAGAAGACCUUCCUGGCAGUGAUUGGAGCUCUGUUGGAAAGUUCUGGCCCUGAAAAAACAGAGCACUUUCUCCAAGAUUUCCUUAUUCCUCAGAUGAUCGGGAAGGACUUGUUUGACCUCUGGUCUGUAAUUGACCCUAUGGCUUUACUUGUGGAGCAGUUGUCCCAAAGAAACAUUCCUCUUCCUGAGCCCAGGAUCACAAGACAGUCUGGAGCCAGUACUGUACUACCUGUGUACUUUGUAGGACUUUACUGUGAUAAGAAGCUGAUUGCUGAAGGCCCGGGUGAGACGGUGAUCGCUGCGGAGGAGGAGGCAGCCCGCGUGGCCCUGAGAAAGAUGUUUGGAUUUGCAGAAAACAGACGUCCUUGGGACUAUUCUCCAUCCAGACAGGAUAUCAGUGAUAGGAAGGCCGUACACACAUCGUAACGGUCACACCUACCAUGUGAAUGGACUUUCUGGACUGUGUCAGAGCUGAGCUUAUAAAUCUAGUCAUAAGUGGAGUGAAUAUUUCCACAGAUGUGUUGUCCCCUCCUCUCAGAUAUGUAGACAGUGGACUCUUAUGCACCAUCUUGAAUACACGGACAUUUGCUGCAGGAUUUUCACAGAAUUUGUCUCAAUUAAAAUGUUGAUAAUGUC